AGGAUCUUUGUAGAUAGCUGUUAGAAUGCAUGACUUACUCGCUUCAACCUCCUGAAUAGUUCUUAUGGAUAUAAAUAAUAUAGUAUUAAUUGCUAUAUUUUCUUUCCUUUGUGUGGCAUAAAAUUUAGCAAGGAUGAUACUUCCAUAUGAAAACCAAGUUGGCACUAUAAAAAGGUAUUAUUCUUCUUACAGCAGCAGAAGUAGCAGCAGCAGCAGCAGCAGUAGCUCUCGCAGCGGACUGAGUACAUUAUGGUUAUUGCUUAUAAUUCCAGUAAUACUUGUUACCCUUGUCUAUUAUAUGAUUAAAGGAUGCUUGAGUCGUGGAAGAAAGAUUGCUGAAACAAUUCCUAAUUCACUGCCUACUCAAAUUGGUACGUGCCACAUUGUUCAGCGACAUAAGUCUGAUUCCCCUCCACCAGCUUAUAAUAUGAGUGAGAUACCAUUACAACCUGCCCCUGCUUAUUUGCCAUUAUAUGAACAGAUUUCUAGUCAGCAACUACAGAGUAGCGAUGAGCUAGAUCGUCUUAAUUCUUCUCCAACACCAUAAAGAAAUAUCUUCUUUUGAUGUUUUUGUCUUAACCUUACUUAAAAAUGAAUGAUUUCAAUUGUGGAGACAGAGUGAUCUUAACUUAAAAAAUCAACCUUCUUGUUUAUAGAUAGUGCCAAUAUACAUUCCCAAA